AUCAGUGGCUUAUCUGAGUUAACAUCGUACAUCACAAAUUUCCAUCCAAGACAUUAGACAUUAACAAGUUAAAUCAAAGAAGAGGUGAAAUAAAUGCUAUGUCCUAAAUUUCCCAGAAAAUGUUCCUAACUUCACAGAUCAAAAUCCCCUCUCCUCUCUAACUUUCUGUUACACUUCACUCUCUUCUUUUUUUCCCUGCAACGUUUUCCAUCACUUCCUCCUCACGUUUUCCGUUCCCAAACCACCAAUUACACCUCGCACCACCUUCUCCCACGCACAAUGUGUCUCCUCCAAUUCCAAUUCACGGAAAACGCACGUCGCCGAAGCUGAUUUUCGCCGCUUAGGGUUUCGGGUUGGGGGAAUGAGCGAGAGCUCAUGGCGUUUACAUACGCGGCUCCGAUCGCUCCUUCUCUCUACGGCAUUGCUCGCAUCGGUUACUGCGACCAGAAGGUUUCGCUCGCUGGUUCUCCCGGCGAGGUGAAUACGUCGUUGUUUUGCGUUUCGUCACACGCGGGAAAGAGUGAUGUGCUGUUCGAGAGGAGGAAGCUGAAGUCGGCUGAUACUCGCAUUGCCGAAAACACGCAGAUGAAAUCGAGCGUUGAAAUUGAAAUUCCGGUUUCUUGCUACCAGCUCAUUGGUGUUCCUGAUCGAGCUGAGAAAGAUGAAAUAGUUAAGGCCGUUAUGGGUUUGAAAAAUGCAGAAAUUGAUGAAGGUUACACAAUUGAUGUUGUUACAGCUCGUCAGGAUCUUCUGAUGGAUGUUAGGGAUAAGCUUCUUUUUGAGCCAGAAUAUGCUGGUAACCUGAGGGAAAAAAUCCCCCCUAAAUCUUCCCUUCAAAUUCGUUGGUCUUGGUUGCCAGGUGCUCUUUGCCUUCUUCAAGAGGUUGGAGAAUCAAAGCUUGUGCUGGAGAUUGGACAGACAAGUCUUCAGCAUCAAAAUGCCAAGCCAUAUACUGAUGACUUGAUUCUUUCUAUGGCACUAGCUGAGUGUGCAGUUGCGAAGAUUGGUUUCGAGAAGAAAAAAGUAUCUCAAGGUUUCGAAGCUCUUGCUCGUGCCCAGUGUCUUCUAAGAAGUAAACCGUCCCUAGCAAAAAUGACACUGCUAUCUCAGAUUGAAGAAUCUCUUGAAGAGCUUGCACCUGCUUGCACCUUGGAACUACUGAGUAUGCCACAUGCUCCUGAAAAUGUUGAUCGAAGACGAGGUGCAAUUUUGGCUUUGCGGGAAUUGCUCAGGCAGGGUCUUGAUGUUGAAACUUCAUGCCAAGUACAGGACUGGCCUUCCUUUCUAAGCCAAGCAUUUGACAGUUUGCUGGCAAAAGAGAUAGUUGAUCUUCUUCCUUGGGAUAACUUAGCUGUGAUGCGAAAGAAUAAGAAGACUAUUGAAUCACAGAAUCUAAGGGCAGUAAUUGAUUCUAAUUGUUUUUAUCGAGUUUUUAAAGCUCAUAUGGCAAUUGGGUUUUCCAGCAAGCAAAAAGAGUUGAUUAACAAAGCAAAAGGCAUAUGUGAAUGUUUGAUAGCUUCAGAAGGUAUUGAUUUGAAGUUUGAGGAAGCUUUUUGCUUAUUCCUACUUGGACAGGGCACGGAGGCUGAGGUGGUUGAAAAGCUUAAGCAACUUGAGCUAAACUCGAAUCCCAAACAUAAUUCAGUCUUGGGGAAGGCAAUAAUAGAUGCUUCUACUGUAAACCCGUCAUUGGAAAUGUGGCUGAAGGAUUCUGUGCUUGCAUUAUAUCCAGAUACUAAAGAUUGUUCUCCAGCUCUGGCCAAUUUCUUUAAUGCUCAGCAGAAAUUUUCUGGAAGCAAGAAUUCCAAAGGAGCUCAACAAAUGUUGCCCACUAUAUGUCAUAGACCUUUAUCUUCAUCUGGUUCCUUAGAACGUAGAGAAGUUGAGGAAUCUCGCUCAUACAUGAGCUCUUCUCCUAGUCUAGGGUUUGCUGUCAAGCAGCUGACUCCUACUGAUUUGAGGAGUUCAUUGCUAUCUGGAAGAAAUGAAACUGGAAGCAAUACUAUUGAGUCACCUGUUCAGGUGAAAAGGAACCUUGGUAGUCAUCGCAAUUCAGGAAUUUGGCAUGGUUACUUCCCUCAAGGACACAUAUUCAAAAGAAUAACAUACUUAACCGUAUUGGGUUGUAUUGCAUUUGCUAGCAUUAAGUUGUCAGGAAUUGGUCUAAGCAAGACUCUUACUGCUUCUCAUUGGGCUUCUACUAAAGCCAAUGAUAACAUUGCUUGGACUGCAGAUUCAGCUGAUUACCCUGUGGGCCCAGCUUAUAUUAGGCAAAGUACCAUGACCAACAAACUGAAGAGGAUCCUGUCAAUGUUUAAGAUACAGCGGUUGCACCAGUCAGGUGCUGGAAAUCAUAGUGAUUUACACACUACUCUUACCUCAUCAUCCUCCCCUAUUAAUGUUUCCAGAAGGCCAAUGCCUGUGGAAGAAGCAGAAACCAUUGUCAGGCAAUGGCAAACAAUCAAAGCUGAAGCUUUGGGGCCUUGCCAUGAAGUUAAUUGCCUAGCUCAAGUUCUUGACGAAUCUAUGCUUGCUCAGUGGAAAGGUUUGGCCAAUGCCGCCAAAGAAAGAUCUUGUUACUGGAGAUUUCUUUUGCUCAAGUUAUCCAUUAUUCGAGCUGACAUUCUAUCAGAUGGAAAUGGAGAUGAUAUGGCAGAAAUUGAAGCUCUCUUAGAGGAAGCAUCUGAACUCGUUGACGGUUCACAGCAAAAGAACCCAAACUAUUAUCUCACUUACAAAGUUAAGUAUGUUAUGAAGAGGCAAGACGACGGAUCAUGGAAGUUCUGUGAAAAUGAUAUAAUAGAAUCACCAUGACAUGAACUUAUUACUAUGCCACGCCAGGAUAACUGAUGUUGCAGCUAACUUCAUUCCUUCCCUAACUACUGUUGUUUUCUGGAGCCGUAAAAUCCAAAUACGAUCUCCAUUUAGGCAGAUGAUGACACCUUAAUAAUAUCAGUUUACACAAUAUAAGAUCCCACAGCCUCUCUUCUUUCUGGUAUUGACAUGUAAGGAACUACUGAUUGAUUGGAAUUAAUUGGAAUUUAUCAGAAAAUAAUGAAAUUUCUGAUUCAUUUUUCUGCCAACAGAAGUAAUGUGUAAAGAUUUCUUUCUUUCAUUUUUGAAGUCAAGAAUUUAUCUUUCUUGUA